GAAUAUGAAGAACUUAGAGCAGAAAAUAAGAAAACAAAAGAAGAGUGUGUCAAAAUCAAGCAAGAACGAGAUGAGGCUGUCAAAAAACUGGAGGAGUUUCAGAAAAUUUCUCACAUGGUUAUUGAGGAAGUAAAUUGUAUUCAGAACCAUCUUGAAAUUGAGAAGACGUGCCGUGAAAGCGCCGAGGCUUUGGCUUCCAAGCUGAACAAAGAAAAUAAGACCUUGAAAAGAAUUAGUAUGCUUUAUAUGGCAAAACUGGGCCCUGAAAUUAUCACUGAAGAGAUUAACAUUGAUGAGGAUGAUUCAUCCACGGAUACAGAGGCUCACUCUGGAUCAUGCAACUCUGUGCAUUGUCAGCAGCAAAUAAAAGAGCUGCGAGAUCAAAUCAUAUCUGUUCAUGAGGAAAAGAAGACCUUAGCCAUUGAACUGGAAAACCUGAGGUGCAAACUUGUAGAAGUAAUUGAAGAAGUGAACAAAGUGAAAGAAGAAAAGGCUGUUUUGACAACCGAAGUUAACAAGCAGCAAAAACUGUUGGAGAAAUGUAACAGAGUGUCUGUGCUGGCAGUAGAGGAGUAUGAAGAGCUUCACGUUAACUUUGAACUGGAAAAGAACCUGCGGAAGAAAGCAGAGUCGUUUGCACAAGAGAUGUUUAUUGAACAAAACAAGAUGAAAAGGCAAAGUCAGUUGCUUCUGCAAAAUUCUGCUCCUGAUCAACAGCUUUUGAAGGCUUUGGAUGACAAUGCUAAGCUAACCCACACGUUAGAAGAAGAGAGGCUUCAACACCAACAAAAGAUCAAAGAAUUGGAAGAGCAGUUACAGAAUCAAGCACUGCAUAAGGAGAUUAGUCGUCUUAAACAGCAACUAGAACUUUUGGAAGAAGAUAAAAAGGAACUAGAGCUUAAGUGUCAGAACUCAGAAGAAAAAGCUAGAGACCUAAAGCAUUCAGUUGAUGAACUUCAAAAACGAAUCCAGCAGUCUGAAAAUCCUGCACCACCGCCUCCACCGCCGCCCCCUCCUCCUCUCCCUCCUCCCCCUCCUCCCAACCCAAUACGGUCUCUCAUGUCAAUGAUUCGCAAGAGAUCUCACUCCAACACCAACGUGAGCAAGAAGGAGCAGCCGAGGACUUUGUCUGGUGAAGAAGUUACAGACCUGAAGAGACAAGCUGUUGAAGAAAUGAUGGACAGAAUUAAAAAGGGAGUUCAUCUGAGACCAGUCAACCAGUCAAGCAGGCCUAAAACAAAGCCAGAAACACCAAAACCCUCUGAAAGUGCAAUGAAAGAAUUAAAAGGGAUUCUGGAAACAUUGAAUAAAUCCACUAGUUCCCGAAGCUUGAAAUCCCUUGAAACAGACAGCAGUGAAACAGAGCUGGAACGAGUUCUGCGACGCCGGAAAGUAACCACUGACCAGGACAGUGGCAGUCCCACUGGAAUCUUGGCCACAUCAGAAUCAAAAUCUCUGCCUGUGCUAGGUUCGGGAGCCAGUGCCACACAAGCAGCCUUGAACAAGAAAGACCUGGAGGCAGAAUUCAGUUCCAAAGUACCCAACUCAGGUCCUGUCUCUAACCAGCUCGAGGGUGUCAUGGGCUCCAAGCCUACCUUGCAAUCAACCAGUCGCACAGAAUUUACAAGAAAAGCUUCUAGUAGUGAAAAAGAGACAGAAUCCGUUGUAGUUUUAGAUCCGGUUUCCACCAGUGGGGAUCAGAUGUCUGAAAACACACUGAAUCGGAACAGAAUGAAAGAAGAAAAAAGCAAGCCGCCGCACAAAGAAACUAAUGUUGAGAAAAUAAAAGAGGCAGACAGUUCUAACUGUUAAUUGUUAUUCUGAAAGGCUGUCACUUUUGGGAGUCAUUAUCUGGACGUGUAAAUUGCUUAGGUGUGUUACUGGGGGCUGCGGUCUGUACUCCAAACAGUUUUCAAUAAUAUAGAUUGAAACAGUCUUUUGUAUGCAGUUUUGUUACACACAUUAAGGUGUUAAAUAACUGUGUCUCACUUAAAAUCCCUUUCCCAUUUUGAUUUUGCAGGUACGGUUAUGAUUUUCUUAGAUAGUGUCAGUUACCUUUACUUUAAAAUUGUAUUUGAAAAGGCUUUUAAAAUCAUUCUUUUAUUG